GGGGAAGAAAGGAGACAGAGGAGAGGAUCGGGUGAGACAAGGUGGCGAGGAGUGAAAGGGAGGAGAAGGGGAGCAGUGGGGCGUGUGGACCGAAGAGAACAAAGACAAAAAAAAGAGAUAGCAGAUCAUGUCUAUUUAAAGGAAACAGAGACUGCACAGGUCUGCUGUCUUGAUAUUCCCGACUGACAGCAUCAUCGAAUUUGGACCAGAGAGUCUAACUCCUCCUUUUCUCUCAUCUCUCAUUGCAAGGUUGUUUUUUUUUAGCUUGCAGGUGUGAAGUGGAGGGCCUCUCAAACACAUACCCAAGACUGGCUGCAUGUAUCACCCAGCAGAGCUCUACUCUGGCCGUAAUACAUGGGACUCCUACCCGGCUGGAGGACCUAACAGAGGACAAUGGGCUCCUGUAAACAGUCGGCCCUGGAACAACACACAAAGAUGCCAAGAUGGGCGCAAUCAAUCACAUCACCCACAAUCAAGUCGUCUUUAUAAUAGGGGGGAGAGAACUGUCAACCAUGUCCAGGAAAAGAGUAUUUCUAAGGGGCACAGACAGCCUUUACGUCUUUGGGAUGGUAAAGAGCAGCCGUUUGAGGCCCAGAGCUGGCAUCACAACUCCACACGCUCAUUCCACAACCGAGUUGGCAACAACAACAGUUAUCUAACAGGACCGGGAGAGCGCUACACAAACUGGGACAACAAUGUCAGCAACUCUCUGCAUGGUGGUCCUCGCCUGCAUCGCAACAACAGAGAACUCCAGUCCACACCAGAGAGAUGGGCCCCCUCAGACUGCCGCAGGAGCUUCGCAGGCGGAAUGAUGAACAACAGACCAGGACUCUGGAAACGACCUGCGCUCCACCAGCGGCGAGACCCACUCCACCAGCACAGUCCACCCCCACAGCACCCUUUAUCCCCGAGGGAAGAGUGUCCAGCCAAGAGGAGAAGGGACUCUACCCCUGAUCAGCCAUCCCAUCCUGGAUCAAGGCAUUUACUUUUACCUGCCCAUGCCCCAUCACCACCUCGCCACCACCGCUCCAACCAAGAUGACUGGAAGCCUCUUCAUGACAAGGAAACCUCUAAACCACGAGCUGGAGGACAUGGCUUCUGUAACGGUAACCCAACAGUUCAAAACCAUAAUUGUGGCAGCAGACCACAUCAUGGAAACAGAGGGAAGGAUGACCACAAAAUCGUGUCUUCACCAGCAGACCACACCCGUGUGCCUUACAGCCACCAAAACCAUCAUUACCACUAUCAACGGCACACUGGUCACCCCAGAGCCCCACAGCACAACUCCCCGCUUCACCCUCUGGAGGAAAAGGACUCCUGGAGCCAUCAUUACAAACAAAGCACAGAACCUCAGCGUACUCAUCCAAGGGGCAAUUCAAGGGAUUCAGUCAUUUCCAGGUCUUCUGGUGCAGACUCUCCUCCAUAUUCAUCUAUCCUCUGUGGUCCUAAAGAUGGAGGUUCUACUGCCAGCAGUCCACGUGCUCCCUCCAGUCCGUCUUCAUACACAGGAGCCAGUGGCAGAAAAGAUCCAUCAAACAUUCAUCAGUGUAGUCCUGGCCUCAGUGGGCAGCCAAAACUCCAGGGAAGUCCCCAUCACACCCCGAGAUCUAGCCUGACAUCUAGCACGUAUCUUACAUUUCAUGCCUGUCCUAAAUCGAGGUUUUCAGACAUCAAAUACAGAAAGACCUCACAGCCCAUCUGCUCACGACAGUCCCCCCACAGCAGAUCCAGAGCAAACAAGCCUGAGAAGGAGUCGGAAGAACACAAAAAACCUGAGUGCAAACUAAAAGAGAAGCUGGUGAAAAAGGAGAGAAAAGGUGAAAUCCAAAAGACAAACAGAAAGGGUGAAGAAAGAAAAAGGAGGAAGAAAAAAGAGGAAAAGAGGUUAGGCGAGAGAAAAAAGAAAAGAGAUAAAACAGCAAAGAAGGAGAGAAAAUUAGGCUUGAAAACUCAGAUCACUGAAAAGGAAACGUUUACUUCCAUCGUUACUUCCAACUCUUCAGGAGAGGUCAAACUGACUCAGACCCCAGAGAAUCAAGGCCAAACAACACCCAGCCCAACCAGACACAAGCACAGGGAGAGGAGUGAACGUGCAGAGAGGUCAUCACACAGGCCAUCCAUAAAUACUCAAAAUACUCCAGAGAAUCAUAGCACCCCGGGUCGAGCUCCUCAUCCUAGUUGCACUUCACCUCACCCGUCCUCAAAAUCGGAAAAUCGCAAAGCGUCCAAAAAGAUCGUCAGUCCUCCAAAACUCCGUGUCAAGGAGCAACUGAUACGGUCUCAUCCCACGAACACCAAUUCCAAAAAGACCAGCAAGAAGCCCACCAUUGUCUCAUCCCAAUCAAGUGACGGACCAAAUACAAAGCAUGACGACACGCUCCCUUCCCUUUUAUUUAAAGCCUUAGCACCUCUCAGUACAGCAUGUUCCAUUAGCGUCGAGCAGCCCAUGCAUGGCAAAGAAAGCGGGUACGGAGGGAUUCUCAACGCCCCUGACCUACAGCCUGUGGGAAAUCUGAGGGAAAUCGGAGACAACCUUGCAAACACUCCUCCUGUACUCAGCUGGCAGGGCUCUCCAGUAUCAGUUCUGGGUGAAGAUGAGGAUGAGCUUGAAAAGGGAGUGAUAAGUAGACCUGUCCUUCAGCCCAGCCCCACCCAGUGCUUUUCUCCUCCUCCUGUUGACAGCGAGAGCAUUGAUGAGAUGAAUAAGGAGCCUUGUGCAAGCACGCUGGCUGAUUAUUCUCACAAUAAUACGCCAGAACUCUGCGAUCUACCAGCUAAUCAAGUUAUUAAGAAAGAAAAGGAGGAAGACAUGGAGGAAGACAGCAGCGGGGAAACUUCCUGCUCUCUUCUUCAUGAGCUUCGCCACCACAAAACAGGAUUGGAUGAUGUCUUCAAGAGCCUGGCCACCUUCCUCGGUGGCCAAAGGGUCCCAUGUCGAGGAGGUCCAUUUGGGGGGCCUCCUGCUAGCACCGCAAGUGGAGUUAAGUUCUCCUCUUCACUUGAACUGGGGCCAGACAUCCAAUGUCAGGAGCACCAGGAUUUCUCCCCCGAAUCGGAUCUCACUGCAUCCCCCAAACCCAGUAAUCAAUCACCAACUCACACUACCUCAGAUACACUUUUUAAAUCCCAUAGUCAGACAGAUCUGUGUGAUCCUGUCACAGUUGCACUGGUGCAGGAGAAGCAGGAAGAUACUGAGAGUGAUGUAGAAGGUAAACCAGAUGUUAAGGAUACAGAGAUCCUCCCCGAGAGAGCAGAGUCAUCUCUUUUGGACGAGUCGCUAAGUGCAGAGCUGAGACUGACCACUACACAUGCAGCCUCAUUCACCGGCCUCCUCACCGUCUCCACCAAGGAAGAGAGGGCAAACCGCCAAGAGACAGUACACAUCGUCACAGACAGAAAAAGAAAACAAAAGAACAGGGACGGAGAAAGAGAGGAAGAAAUCAAGAUUAAGAUAAAGAAAGAAGAAAGCAGCAUCGCCUGUCUUAAAAACAAAGCAAAUGAAAUAAGGGAUUCGGAAGAAAGGGAUGCAUGUAAAACGCCUGUUUCAUCCUCAGUGCCAGUCAUUUCCAGAAACUCACCCAAAGCUCUCAAAGACAGUACAAAGAGCCACAUUCCUCAGAAAAAUCAAACCCUGCAUGACAAAGAUGCACAGAGAGAAAAAGCAGACACCAGGAACUCUGAGUUAAAGAUUGUUACUGAGACAAAGGAAGAAGCCAGUGAAUUAGAAAAUACAAUAUCCUCAACAGCUGGAAACACAGAGACCAAGACUUCAAGCUCAGCGUCAACAAUCAAUACAUCAAAACUAUGUAUCUCCAUGCCAGCAAGUAAACCCUGCUCAGUCGACCCACUGAAACUAAAAGCUUUGUCAAUGGGCUUGUCUAAAGAGCUUAAGAUCCUCUUGAUUAAGGUGGAGAGCGCUGGUCGACAAACAUUCAACAUAUCAGAGGUGGAAGAGCAAAGAAUCCCGCUUUACAAGAUCAACAUCCUAAAUACCGCCGCUGAAGUGAUUAGAGCCUGCAAGGGGACAAGGGUGAAGGGGAAAUUCAAGGAGUCGUACCUGCUUCCUGCCCUUUCAGUCAAACCUCACAUUAACAUCGAUACGCCCAUUCCACGAGAAAAGCUUAACCCUCCCACUCCAAGCAUCUAUUUGGAGAGCAAGAGAGACGCUUUCUCUCCAGUUCUGCUUCAGUUCUGCACUGAUCCCAAAAAUGCCGUUACUGUCAUCAGAGGCCUUGCUGGUUCCCUCCGCCUUAACCUCGGCCUGUUUUCUACCAAAUCUCUGGUGGAGGCCAAUGCGGAGCAUGCAGUGGAAGUGAGGACUCAGGUUCAGCAGCCUGCUGAUGAGAACUGGGAUCCCAGCGGCGCCACACAGACGUGGCCCUGCGAGAGCAGCCGCUCACACACCACUAUUGCCAAAUACGCCCAGUACCAGGCGUCAAGUUUCCAGGAGAGCCUGCAGGAAGAGAAGGAGAGCGAGAAUGAAGACGAAGGAGAGCAAGCCAAGCCCAGAGACUCAUCAGCCACCUGUAAAGCAGGUCUCACAUUAGCCAACAGUAAAGGCGGUUCCGCCUCGACUACCAUUAAAGCCAAUUCCGAUCUCGUCUUCAGCAAAGCCCAAUCUCCUCAAGCCACCAGCACCGCCAGCUCAGAGUCAAAAACCGUUGGAAAGAUAAUCAAAUUUGGGACCAACAUUGAUCUCUCAGACCCUAAAAGGUGGAAGCCACAGCUACAGGAGCUGCUGAAGCUGCCAGCUUUCAUGCGUGUGGAGUCGAGUAACAACAUGCUCAGUCACGUCGGUCACACCAUCCUGGGCAUGAACACUGUCCAGCUCUACAUGAAGGUGCCAGGCAGCCGCACACCAGGUCACCAAGAGAACAACAAUUUCUGCUCCGUCAACAUCAAUAUCGGGCCAGGCGACUGCGAGUGGUUUGCUGUCCAUGAGCACUACUGGGAAUUUAUCAACAAAUUCUGUGAGAAGCAUGGAGUAGACUACCUGACAGGGUCCUGGUGGCCAGUCCUUGAAGACCUUUACAGUGCCAACAUUCCUGUUUACCGCUUCAUUCAGAGGCCGGGUGACCUGGUGUGGAUUAAUGCAGGGACUGUACACUGGGUCCAGGCUGUGGGUUGGUGCAACAACAUCGCCUGGAAUGUGGGACCUCUCAACUCGUACCAAUAUCAACUCGCCCUGGAGCGCUAUGAGUGGAACGAGGUGAAGAAGGUUAAGUCAAUCGUUCCCAUGAUCCACGUUUCCUGGAAUGUGGCGCGCACCAUCAAGAUAACCAACCAGGAAACCUACAAGAUGAUCAAACACUGCCUGUUGCAGUCCAUCAAGCACAUCCAGAUUCUGAGAGACCAGCUGAUUGCCAUGGGGAAGAAGAUCUGUUACCAGAGUCGUGUGAAGGACGAGCCAGCCUACUACUGCAACGAGUGUGACGUGGAGGUGUUUGACGUGCUGUUUGUGACCAGUGAGAACAACAGUAAGAAGUCCUACGUGGUGCACUGUGAGGACUGCGCCAGAGCCAACAGCCCAUCACUGGCGGGAGUAGUGGUGCUGGAACAGUAUCGCAUAGAGGAUCUGAUGAGAAUUUACGACAGCUUCACACUGGCUCCAUCACCAUUAUCAAAGUGAGGACUCCUCCCUGGUGUCUUUCAGCCAUAACCAAAACUCUAAUGGCAGCACAAAUGUUGUCUUCAAGGCAGUCUAUUCCUGGAAACACUUUCUGAAUCAGCCAAUCACGUUUACUCAGUAUUGUUUACAUCACACAAUAAGGUAUGGAUACUCAGCCAAUCCAACUCUCGCUCACUGUCUUCCCCAUACCAGCUGCUGAUUGGACUUGUGUUUUGAAAUAGAAUGACUAGACUGGUACUUCUAAUGAAAAAGCAUUUCAGAUAUUUAAACUAAAACAAAUGUGAGCACUGCUAGCACUGAAAAAUCAGGUUGUAUGUUCAACGGACACUGCUGUGAUUCAAAAGCGUCAAGUAGCCGGUUUUGUGUAUUGAUUCAGGUACUUUUAUGCAAAUUCAGUAGAACUUUUUUUUACACCAAUCUAGUUAUUCUAUAUGUCCAUGAAUUCGCUGUGAUUCUAUUGUACCAGCAGGGGAAUCGGUUCACAGGAGAAGUAGCUGAUUGUCACAUUUGGCAUUGUAUUGGUUCCUGUUUUUGUUUUGGUAUUCAGGUAAAAACUCUGACAUUUGUCAUUCCUGUCUGUAAAUUCUUUGAGGUGCUAUUCCAAGCUUAUUUAUUCUCGUUAGAUACUUAAAAAUUUUUACCAGCCUAGAAGUACACCACAUUGGCCUUGUGAACUGUAUUUAGAGGAGAUGUAAUUAGAGGAUUAAACACACACAAAUAAGGUUUUAUGUAAGUAUAGAAAGAAAAAAAAAAAAAGCAAAUCAAAAACUUUUAUCAGUUUCUCUAAAAUACGGGUUUACUAGAGGACUAAUAUGGUUUCACUCUUAGUUGGAAAUCAAGUAUAUAGAUGGAAAAAUUCAAUUUUUUUCAAUCCAGCAAAAUACCUAUUGGUGUGAUUUCUACGAUACACCCAGAAUACAGACAUAGUGGUGUCUUUUUUAUUUUUUUGGGAAUGGGAAUACAAUCCCAGUUUUAUACCUCUUUAGUUUCUUGUUUUUAGAUGACAGAAAAAUAAAUAAUUGUAAAUUGUGAAUGAAUUUUAUGGGAUACACAGUGGUGCGGUGUGCACAGAUGUGGGUAUAGAGAGGGGAAUCACUUAAGUUGCUUGUAUUGGUGAAGUGCCCGUUACAGUCUGAAAAAAGUAAUAACGUCCAAAGAGACACACAAUCAAUCAACAAUUGUACAAUGCAAAAGCAAACGAGGGCAAAAACAAUUAGCAGACUGCUGGGCAUUUCUUCAGUGUGUUCAUUUCGCAGCAAACAUCCAUCCCACUGAGGCUCAGUUCAUAUUUCUGGUUUAACAUACUUAUGAGGACUUUGGUCGAGACAUGACAAGUAAGGACCAGUCGAAAAUGUCAUCCAACAUGUUGAUGGUUCUUUAAAAUAGCAGGCUUAACUUUUUCAGCUACAGUAUCCAAUAUUUGUUUUAUGUUUUUUUGGUCACUAUUAUAUUAUAUUAUAUUAUAUUAUAUUAUAUUAUAUUAUAUUAUAUUAUAUUAGUUCCAAUGUUAUAGGUGACAAAUUUUAACAGCUACAAAGUACAUUCAAAAACUUCAUAAAAUGUGAUUGUUACUCAGCACUGGACUAUAUUCUAAAUUUAUUUUUGAUGUAGCCAUAAUAACAAACACCCCACAAAUGAUCUCCCGGCCCUCAUCAGUCUGUGCACACCAUUUAAUGUACAUAAUGUAUCUGUUGACAGGUUUUAUUAGAAGACUUGCUUGAUUUUGUUCUCACUCAGAAAUCAAAUUUCUAUAUGGUCAAAUUUGUCCACCUCAGUCAUUUGUUUUUUGUUUUUUUGUUGUUGCUAUAUUAUAAUAUACCCUAAAGAUAUCCUGUUUCACUCUAGUUUCAAUGACUGCAAUGGUAGUUUCUUCCCACUUUUAUACCUCUUUUUGUUGUUUCUGUUUUUUUGGAUUACAGAAGAGAUGGAAAAUUGUAAAUUGUGACAUUAUUUAUACUGUACAUGGUUGUUUUCUUAUAUAUUUAUUGCAUAUCAAAGGGUACUUCACUUGAUAAGGGGCUACAAGGUAUUUUAAAGAUGUAGAAUGGUCAUAAUGUGUGGAUAGGGGAAGUGCAAUCAGGGAGUGGUUUAAUUUUCAUGGUGCUAGACCCCUCCUUGCCUCAAUGCCCCCUCAUUAAACAGCAUAUAAUGAUGUAUGAACAUGAGUCAGUGACACAAUUCAAGCUGACAGGUUGGUGCUUAGAACCAUUUCAACACAGUUUACUGGUACCAGAAAUGGAAUGAUGUCUUUGUACUGUAUCUAACAGAUAAAUAUAAGAUCUUUUUAAACUUUUUUCCAUUGUAUGAAAUUCAUAAUCUUGUGAGGCAUUAGUAGUUUUAUGAGCAUUAGCAGUAGUUGUAAUUCUUUACACUUUUUGCAGAGACUUUUAGGGAUGUGACUUUUAAUGGCGUCGAGGUUUUUGUUUUUUGUGUCUUGUCCAUAUUCUUAGUAUUAUUUGAAGGAUGUAACAAUGCUCUCUCUCCUCUUGACUCGUUUGAUUUAUGCUGCACUUACUGUUUUAAAAAGAACUCACAUAGAAGAAAACCUGAGCCAGACCUGUCUUAAAUCCCUCUGUGAUUUUUCUGUGACAUAUUGUAUUGUUGUUCAAGAAAAUAAAAAAAUGUUUUGAU